AUGGGAGAUAAAGAUGAUGAGGCAGGGGGUGCCAGCUCUGAUGAAGACACUCUAACUUCCCAUGAGAAGCGAUGGUAUGCCCUGAAUAAAAGUCGAGGAGUGACGUUACUCAUGUUGAUGUCAGAUGGAAUGAUACAACCAGGAAAACGAGUACUGAGCAUUGACUAUUUGGGAAGGCAGUUUUCAGCUGAUCUAUUAGAAACUGGUAAAAUUAAAACUCAUGAUAAUAUAUUUAAUACACCAAGUGCCUGGGCUCGACAUUGUAAACGAAUUGUCAAACCUGAUAAAAAAUCUGGUUGUGGAUGGGCUUCUGUAAAAUAUAAAGGAACUAAGUUAGACACAUGGAAAUCUAUUUGGUGUGGAAAACAACGAAAUGACACUCCAAAUGGCUAUGAUAACAAGCACUCUACACCACAGGGCUUUGACAAUAAGCUUAUAGAAUCACCUCUCUCUACCAGUUCACCACUAAGUAUGUACAAUGGAACACCAAAAAAGCCUUUAUCCAAUUAUUUUGCUGAUGACAUACAAGAAGAAGGUAUGUUUAGAUAUUAUAGACCCAUCUCCUUUUGUCUGUUAGGACCAGCAUUGAGCAUAGAUCCCAACACCCUGGUUAUUUGUGAAUCAUUUAGUAAAUAUAACCAUCAACAGCCUUUCACAGUUUCCAUGACAACCAAUGCCAUGUUGUUAAUGGAUUUUCAUAGUCAUUUGACCCAUUCAGAGAUUGUAGGUUACUUGGGUGGAAAAUGGGAUGCCACAUCACAACAUAUGAGCAUACGACAAAUUUACCCAUGUCGGUGUCGUCUUGGUGAUAAAGAUAGAGCACCUAUCAUAGAAGAGGAGAUUAAACGACAUAUGUCACAGAGUGGCCUGGGUUUAGUAGGUUGGUAUCACAGCCAUCCUCACAGUCCUGCAGACCCAUCUUUAAAAGAUAUUGGAUGUCAGAUGAUGUAUCAGUUAAAAAUGAAGGGAAGUGGUCAUAACUAUCACCCUUGUAUAGGAUUUAUUGUCUCUCCAUAUGACAAGACGAGAUACAAGGAGGCCUGUCAAAUACAAGGAUAUUGGGUUAUGCCCCCUCUAGAAAACCGUCCAAGUGAUUAUGGUAUUCCUAUGAAUAUGAAGUACAAUGUUUAUCAAAAUGAAUCUUUAACUGAAGAGCUACUCACAGAAAUGAAAAAGUUGGUACAGUUUUAUCAAGGGAGUGAGGAUCUGGUUAAAUAUAGGGAUGAGUGGAGGCCAUCAGUUACUUAUUUACAGAAAAUUAAGGUAUGUCCUUUCACACAACGUGAUUUUGAUAAGAAAAAUUAA